AUGAGGCUCCUCUUGAUCAUUGCAAUUCUGCUGUUCCAGAAGUUCACAGUAACUGAACAACUUAAGAAAUGCUGGGGUGAAUAUGUAAGAGGAUACUGCAGGAAAAUAUGCAGAACAACAGAAAUACGGGAAGUACUAUGUGAAAAUGGGAGAUAUUGUUGUCUCAACAUCGUGGAAGUGGAAGCACGUAGAAAAAUUACAAAACCACCUCGUCCAAAGCCAUUGACAUAUGCACUUACUUUUCCUCAAGAUAAUUAUGAAAAUGAACACAAUUAUAUAAGGCACAAGAAAAAGUCUAUGUAA